UGCGCUUUUAUUGUGCAAUUUCGUUGCUUUUUCGAGCAGUUGGAUCUGAUUUCCUAGCCAAAUAGCACGAUGAGGAAGCGCGUGAGUGUGAAAAAUCUCAACGUACCUUUGAACCCCAGUGAUAUUCUCUCCUAUGAGGAGUCAAAACAUCACAACAUCAUGUUGCGCAUCCAGAAGUCUCUCUACUACGGUGGCUUCCAGAUGCUUCCGGAACUGGAGAGCAUCAGCGGGCCUUUGUGCGAGAUGGCAGCUGGUUUGUUCUCCAAUUGCCACCGUGGCUAUUCGCUGCAGCGCCUCAAUUCCGUGACAAUUGGGAAAGUGCGCUCGUCCCCAUUUCCACUCAUCAUGAGCCUCGUGUACCUGGACCUGCUGCAGGAGCUGGAUCCCACCUUCGUGCAGACCGUGACGCCCACUGAGCUGUUUGUCUGCGUGAUGGUGAUUGCAACGAAAUUCUAUUGCGGAUAUGACGAGGAAAUCUGCUUGAAUCAGUGGGCAAAGUAUGCCAAAGUCACGGUUGAACGACUGAAGAAGAUGGAAUUGGAAUUGCUCAAAGCAUUGGACUGGCGGAUUUACAUAUCUCAUGACACCUUCUUCCGGAAGUUGUGCACCAUCGAGAAUCUCCUGGCGCAGCAGCAGGGAUUGCGUCGUGGUUGGCUGACAUACACAGAACUCACGCAAUUGAUGCCUUCCUCCCUUCUGCCCAUGGAGAUCGUAAGUCUGAGCUCAAUGCUGGCGCUGUGCUACAUCGUCGCCCUGGCCGCCGCUGCAAGUGCCUUUCUCGUUGUCCAUCACAUUCCCGGAACCAUAUUCUAUCACAACCCCUACCCAGGCAUCACAGAGACCCUGACUGCAUCACACCACUGCCUCCCAAUGCUAGACAUCAUCGCCACAAGGUGCAUUCCCUGCGACCAGGGAAUGGUCGAGAGGGCGGCUUAUUCUCUCUUCCUGCACGAUAGCUAGGAGUUGACAAUGUGACGCAUUAAUCAUAUCAGAUAAAUACAUCUUUGAGGUGAAUUCAAGGAUUUUUUCUAA